AUGAAUGGACCACCAACUUUUCAAAGAACUAUGCACAAUCUUCUUGGUUAUGGGCGCUGGGAUUAUGUUAUGAAAUCGAUUUUUUUAAGUCAUACAAUCAACGAACACUGCAUUAAACCUAAUGGUGAUAAAAUUAAAGCUAUUGUUGAUUUACCAGCUCCAAACACACUUAAAGAAGCAAAUGAACUUUUAGAAAAAAUCAAUUGGUAUCGAAAGUUUAUUCCUAAUUUUGCUCGCAUAGCUGCACCAUUACACAAAGUUACCAACAAAACAAAACAUCAUCGACAUGAAUUUAAAUGGGGACCAGAUCAACAACAGUCAUUUGAUGAAUUUAAACGUCUUCUGACAACAUAUCCAUUAUUUUUAGAAUAUCCAGAUUUAUCAACUCCAUUUGUUUUAACAACUGAUGCCUCAGAUAUUGGAAUAGGUGGAAUUUUACGACAAGACACACCGCAUGGCACAAAAAUUAAUUAUUUUAAAUCACGUGUUUUAGAUGAUACUGAACGUAAAUAG